GCAGUAGUCUGCCUGCCUGCUUGCCUGAUCAAUCUGCUGUGUGUGAAUUGACUUCGUCUUGAGGAAAGCCACGGCCGAGAGGCUGUCGUGUCUUCGCCAUUUGCAGUUUAUCCGUUCUGCCGGUAGGUUGUACGGAGAUGAGCGUCUGUUCUGUCACCAAAAACUGCUCUUCAGUGUGUUUGUAAGAAGACUGACGUGGAAGGAUAGCGGAAGUAAUUUAAUUAUUUCGAAGUGGAUUUUGUAUUGCCUAAAAUAUAUUUUUGGGGCUUGUCACACUUAUUAAGGUGAUAGGGCCGUCUCAGGUGUGGGUAUUGACUGGAAUCGUGGGUUUGAAUCCCACUCGAGGCGAUUUUAUUGUGUGUGAGGGGGCCUUGCAUCAGGUUGGUCCUUCAUCCAACGAGUACUACCAAGUGUAUAAAAGGAUUCAAAAUUUGGGAAGCAAUUCUGGAUUAGAACAAGCCACAAGACUUAAUCCUUAUAGCCAACUUGAGACAAGAUGGCUGAUUUCCAGUGGGCCAUGGUGUUGUUAGUAUGUUACCUUGUGGGGUUAUUUGAUAACAAACCAAUAACAGCAGCUCCAGUUGACAAUAGCCAACCAAGUCAACAAACUGAUAUGACGAACAGCACUUUGGUGCAUAUGGAAAAUGAUGUCGUCAAUAGUGAAAAUGAAAUGGAUAUACACACCGAAGAAAAUUAUGAUGGUGAAGAUAGUGUGGAGGGUGAGGGAAAUGUAAGUAGUCAAAAAGUUCAAGGAGAUGGAAAUGAAAAAGAAUCAGAAAGCUCUGCUAAUGAACAUUUAAAAAUUUCAUCUGUUCCAUAUGAAAACAAGGACAGUUCAAAAUCUCAGGAUACCAGUACAUUAAAUGAAGAAGAUAAGGAAGAAGAAAGUAACAAGUCCUCUGAUGAUGAAGAAGAAGCAGAUUAUGCAUAUGAUGAAAGUUUUUCGUCAGAAACAGAUAGUGAAAAUUCACCAUCAUUACCCAAUAACAGUAGCAAAAAUGGACAUGAUGUAAUUUUAGAGAGUGGUGGAGGAAUUCAUUCUGAUAGCAGUCAGUUGAAUUCACUGCCACUACCAGGUUCUGAGAAAGCAGAUGACAUUGAAAUUUAUAAAUCCUCUGAGUUCACAGAGGCACCUGAUUCAGAAUUUCUUUCUGGUACUUAUGACAACAAAGAGUUGCCACUUUCAGAAAAUAAAAUUGCCUCUUCAGAGAAAGAUGAUCGUGAUGGAGAUACUGUUCCUGAAUACCAUGCUCAUAAUGAAUCAGACUCUGUUGAACAUUCUGGUGAAGAAGAGCCUGUUACAUUACAUGUGAAUCAUAAAGAGGCUUCUUUAUCACAUGAAGAGUUUUCUACAGAACAUGAACGUCACACGAGUUAUGAAGUGGAUCGUGAUGCAUCACAUGAUAUUGAAGAGGGUACUGAUGUGUCACAUGGUUCUGAAGAGGAUUAUGGUGAAUCACAUGAUUCUGAAAAAGAUACACAUAAAUCAAAUGAUCUUAAAGAGGAUCCUGUCACAGCACAUGAUUCUGAAGAAGGUACACAUAAAUUAGAUGAUUCUGAAGAAGAUACACAUAAAUCAGAUGAUUCUGAAGAAGGUACACAUAAAUCAGAUGAUUCUGAAGAAGGUACACAUAAAUCAGAUGAUUCUGAAGAAGGUACACAUAAAUCAGAUGAUUCUGAAGAAGGUACACAUAAAUCAGAUGAUUCUAAAGAGGAUCCUGUUGCAGCACAUGAUAAUGAAAGUGAAGAAGAAGUUACUGAAGCUAAUGAAGAAGAGACUACUGAAAAAACUGAAACAUUUCAUAAGGAUUUUUCACUAAAUGUUAGCUAUGAAAUGGCAAAUGCUGCAUUAGUCUAUGGAAGUGCUCUGCAACAUGUAAAUGAGACAGAAUUAGAAGAUCAAAACAGUGAAGUGAAAGAUGAAACUGAAAUCUCCAGCACACUAUCUCCUUCUGGUAUAAGAGCAAGCAGAAUUCACCUUCCUGAAAGUGAUGAUGUUAAAUAUAAUAAUGAUAAUAAAGAUGAUGUUGAUGGAAUAUAUCCUGCAAAAACAGAUAAUUCAGAGCUGUCUGAAGGAGCAGGAAAUUCUACAGAAAGAAUGUCUGCAUGGAAGGAUGAUGGUGAUAAUGAUGGAUCUGUCAUCAUGGAUAAUGUUUCUGAUACAGAUGCAUCUGAUAAACCUGUGUUAUGGGAUGAAGAAUCAGAUGUCACAAGGGGUCAAAACCUCAAUAUGGAAGGAAGUGGAGACUUGGAAGAAAGUACCACAAAAUCAGAUACAGAAAUUAAAACUGAACGUGUUCACCCUGGAGCAAGGUCAUUUAGGCCAUUAUCAGCUGUUCAACUUUUUGACGACAUUACAUCAACUGAAGAGACAAGAGUCCUAGAAACAACAGAAAUAAGUCAUAAACAUGAUGACAUUGAAGAUAAAGGCAGGACUGAUGCCCCAAAGGUUGAUAUACCAGAGAAUCAUGACAAGAAAGAAGAUUCAGACUCAGAAAGAAUAGAUAAGAAUAUUCUAACCAAAUCAGCCCCUGGUUCUGAAAAUAACACUCUUGUAUCUGGGCCACAGCUACAGAAAGACAAAAUUAGAGAUAAAGAUAAUGGUAAUAGUAUAAAUGAACCUAAUUUUGGAUCUCAACCUCAUGAUUCUGAAGAACCUCAGACUUCAACAGGUUCAUAUAUUGUUUUGGGUGUCAUCAUGGGUGUAAUAGUUAUUCUUCUUGGUUACUCAGUUGUCAAGAGCAGGCAGCGGAAUGCACAGGAAGUAAAGAAUGAUGAUUUAGAAACUGAAAUGGCAGAUAUAAAGAAAACUCUCUUGCCAGGGAAAGAAUUUAAUGGUAGUAUUUAUCCUAAAGCACAUCCAGAAGCAGAUGAAAGUAAUUCUAAACUGUUAGGAGAUAAAGGAGGUAAUGCAGAGAUUGAAGAAACUCAUGAAGUGGAGGCUGGAAUAAAUGAAAAUGGUGUUCUUAAUCAGAAAGAGCUUGAAGAAACUCAUGAAGUGGAGGCUGGAAUAAAUGAAAAUGGUGUUCUUAAUCAGAAAGAGCUUGAAGAAAAUCAUGAAGUGGAGGCUGGAAUAAAUGAAAAUGGUGUUCUUAAUCAGAAAGAGCUUGAAGAAACUCAUGAAGUGGAGGCUGGAAUAAAUGAAAAUGGUGUUCUUAAUCAGAAAGAGCUUGAAGAAAAUCAUGAUUCACAUAAUAAGCAGGGUAAUGAUUUCAGUAAGCUUGAAAGUCAGCUGGAACCUUUAAAUGUGUCAAAUAACCCUUUCAAAUCUCAGUCUCAAGAUAGCAGCAAUUGUCUCCCAGAAGCUGUUAUUCCAAAGGAAUAUGGAGAAUCUGUUGCUCAAAGUGCAGACCAGUCAGUGAAGAACCCAUUUCAUCAAAAUCCUUGCAACAGUGGAAAUGGAAACAGUGAUGGUCUGUCAGCAGUUCAUGGCAGGGCACAGGAAAAUCAGUCUACUCCGUUGUAUUCAGCAUCUCCUGUGAGAGUUGUCGUAAGACACGUCACUACAACACCUGUUUUUAUAAACAAGCAGCCAAACAUUGUCACAUACAUAAGACGUUAAUAUUUAGGAGUUGUAAUUUUUUCAUAUCUGGAGGAAUAACCUUGAAAGAUGUUAUUCUGUUAAUGAAUAGUAAGUCUGAACCGGUGAUUCUGGAGUGCAGCAGUCAGCUGUUUUCAAGAACAAUACAAAAACAUUAGAAAUAAUCAGAUUAAUUGUGUUGUAAGGAGUUUCACCCCUCCAAUCUUGGGAUUUAUUCUGCCAAAGAGUAUUCAUUCAUUCAGUGACUUAAAUUUUCCAUGUAUAUUUUGGAACUUUAACAUCAGAAUUUUAUUUAACUCACUGACAUACUAUUUAGACUUCUCAAAAUACUUUUAUAAAUGAAGUUCAGAUUUUUAAAAAUAAUUGCUUAAAUUUUAUUAAAGUAAUUAUUUAUAGUUCUACAUCUGUUUACAUUCUUACAUAGGCUAUUUUGACUCUCAUCUUGGUGUUAGUGUAGCCAAGUGGCAGAUGUCUCAUAGCCACUGAAGUAUUCUAAUGGGUUAAAAUUGGUUAAAUAUGAGGACUAGAAGCAUUUCUUUUUCUUUACUUAUUCACAAUUAUAAGUCUUGGAGAGUAAAUUAUAUUUUUUGUAUUUAUGAAUAAGAAAAAUACUUGUAGGUAGAUAUCUGCAAGUCCACAUAUCUUCACCACUGUGAGAACUUCAGAUCUCGUAGAGGAAAAUGUUUUUUUAUAGUUCCUGGCGCUGAAUAUUCGAAAGUGUAUAAUUAUCAGAUGGGAAACAUAUGAAACAAGACCAUUCAAAAAUGCUUAUUUUUUCAAAACUGUAACCUCAGUCAACCAAAAUGAUCUCUUAGUAUAGAGGGUUGGAUACUGAAUUCUGUUUAUCAACAGCAGAAACUGUUGAGUGGAUCCAUUGUUAUUAAGUAUGUAGGACUGCUGGAUGAUUAAUUUUUCAAUCAUAGUUGGAUCAUCGAUUAAAAAUGGAAGCUGAAGGAUCAUACCUGAAGAAAAUUGCUCUGUAACUUUUGUUAGACAAAGUCUGUUUUGGUGUUUAUAGUUUGUUUAUUCUCAUGGAAUGCUUAUUCAUGGAUAAACGUGUUUCACAACAUUCUGACCUUGAAGGGUUCCAGUCGUCUUCUGAGGAUGUGUUUUUUUCAGCUGGUAGCAACAGGAGUCUGAAUGGGCCACAUUUUGAAUUUAAAAUAAUGUAUUUCUGUACAUUUCAGUACUUUGAGAAGUGUGAGAAUGUGUUCAGCCUUGUUUUGUUAUCUCAUUGGCUUGUGCUGCUGUUUGUUAGUUUUCUACAACAUAUGAAUGAAAAGCAUAACAAAGUACAAAGAAUAAUAUGAACACAGUUCAUGCAUGCAUACAUAUGUACAUGAUUUGGUGUGCCAUAGGGUUUUGAACUUAAUUUUGUUGUGCCCCGAUGUGAAAGCAGCUGAGAAAAACUGGACUAGUUUCUACGUUUCACCAUUGCCACAGUUACCUAAUGCUGAAUAAGGUUAAAUAUUUUAUAAGACUGACAUUUGUGUUUCUUUUAAUAAUGAUAAUUUAUUGUUUUAAUUAUGAAGUUAUGACAGCAGUUAUUACAAAAGACGUAUGAAGAAGGGUAUUUUUCUGGCGUAGCAGACCAAUACAUAAAUCUUUAACCACAAUGCUUUAUUUAAUGUAGCAGUACAACAUUUACAUUUCUUUGUUCUUUACUGUGAGUUGGAAAAGGUUUAGAGCUUAGCUGAAGUCUCUGAACAAUUCUUAUAGAUUCCAAAAUAGUAUCUCUUUUGGAUAUUGUAAUUAGAAUAUAAAUUAUGACAAAAAAUAUGUAUUUUUGAAGCAUGCUGUAAAUUGAGGUUGUAAUAUUGCUCUUCUGCAAUUAACCUUGUGAUACAUAUAACUAUUUUUAAUAUGUGAUACAAAAGAGAAAAGGAUAUCGAGGUUAAAUCUAAUGUCAGUUUUGACUGUAGCCACAGACUGUAGGUAGCAGAUUGUACAAAUUUUAAAAUAAUUGAGAUAGAAGGACAAUAUCAAUAAUUAAGAUAUUUAUACUACAAAAGAAGGGAAUUGGAGAAGAAUUAAAAUCAAGAUAAAAUGAAGAAUAUGAAACCAUGAAAUCAGGACAGUAGAAGAAGAAUGGAAGCUGUUUAAAGAGACACUAAUAACAGCUAGAGAAGAUAUGUGGGUGACCAUCAGCAAGGAAAGGUAAAAUGAAAUGUCUUGGUGGAACAACAAAAUUUCAGAAACAGUAAAAGAGAUAAGUAUGACGUGGAAAAAGUGAUUUGAAGAUAGAGGAGAAGAAAAUGAGCAAAGAUGGGGAAAGUGUUCGGAUUUCUUGAAAAGUAGUUACAAAAACAAUUUUUAAAUACUUUAGAAAAUUUGAAAGACAUUUAUUAUAUAGAGUAACACAGAAUAAGAGAAAUUAUGUAAAAAAAAAAAUGUAAAAUCUUGAACAACCGAGAGCAGCUAAGGUGGAAAUAAAAUAUAUAUAUAUUUUAGAUUGAUAAUGAAGCUUUUUCUAAAAGUUAAUGGGUGAGACAGAGGAAGAAACAAAGCAAGAAUUUGGUGUGCAGGAAGAUGUGCAAAUAAAAGGGAGGGAAGAAAUGAGUUUGCUAGACGCGGUAAUAACAAUGAGAAAAAUGGCAGAUGGAAAGCAAGAAGAGAAGAUAAAAUAUCAUCAGAAAUUAUGAAAGCUGGAGGAUAUGCAGCAUAUCAGAGGCUGUGCAGAGUUUUAAGAGGUUUAUAGAAGGAAAGAAUAAUACUUGAGGACUGGAGAUACAACAAUUCACAGAGGGAUUACUGUGAUUAACCACUAGGUCUUAUGAGCUGAACAUAAUUAUUUUCAUCAUCAUCAUUGUCAUUGUAUUGUCAUGAGUUAAAUGGGAAUCCUGCUCACUGGGUGGUUUCUUAAAAUAAUAUUGUUUUCUGUAUUUAUUCUAGCAGGGUGGGUGUAGGCCAUGAUGGUAAGACACAAUACCUAAGUAUUAUUGUUGUAGGUGAAAAACUAUACAAUUAGCAAACUCCAUAUAAAUCAAUAUUUAUAUCAGUUUAUGAAGUUCUUAUGUGCCAUCAUGUAGGUCUUUGCACAGGUCAGAAGACAGACUGAGCUGUGCACUGAAUAACCUUGUGUUAUUUAAAAUUUGACAUUCACGUGCAUCACAUAAGCAGUUGUAUAAUAAAAUUACAAUAAGAUUUAUGCAGUUUGUUUUUGGUUUCAUCACUUUAAAUAGGCCUAUACCUGAAAUAGGUGUGUAAUGAUUUGCUGUAUUAAUCAUGUGUAUUUAUGUUUAAACAGAUUGGAGAAAAACAGAGUAUGAAUAUAAAUAUACUUGCACACACACACAUAUUUACACACUUUUUAAAACUUCUGUUAUGUAAUGUCAGUCCCCAAAGACAAACCUGUGGGCCAGUCAAAUGACAAGAAAUUUUAGAGUAUGCUGUAUGCAUAGUGGAGUGGCGAGUGUUACAGUCAAGUAAUGUGGCAGAUCUCUAAACAGAUAUUGUUCAUUUUGAGGCAUUUGCACUUGCAAUUAAGAGACAAUCAAGAAACAUUUUGUUCAUAUGUCUUUAGAGUAGCUUGUUCACAUUUUGACAUGUAACUAGAUUACAAAAGCAGUCUUGUGUGGGUGGAAAAUAGCGAUGGAUCUGACCAGUAAUUAAAGCUUUAGAGGUUAAUGAUGGCACUGAAUCAAGUGAAGACAACAAACUGAUUUUGUCUCUCCAUUUGAAUCACUGCGUGAAUAAAAACACUAAUGACAUUGCAUUACACAUGUUACAGAGUUUAAUCAUUUUUAUUUUUGAUUCUGUCACUUGUUACUUCAUUUGAUGUUACACUGUGCACAUUUUUAUAAUAAGGGAAGAAUUAAAUCUGGAGAGUAUUGCACAUUUA